AGCUUGAGCGGCUUCUGGAAAGACACUCCGCUCCAGCCGUCAGGUCUCUUCGAAAAGACCCCUGAGAAGGACAUCACAUCUGACCUGAGACGAGUAAAGAUGAGCAAAAUGCAACUUUUGGCUUCUGUUACGGUGCUUUUAGUAGCAUAUUGCGUACAAGCCAAGGUGUACUUUCGGGAAGACUUCUUGGAUGGAGAUGAAUGGAGAAGUCGAUGGGUGGACUCUAAACACAAGUCUGACUACGGCAAAUGGAAACUGACGGCUGGCGACUUCUAUGGGGACGCCGAGAAAGACAAAGGUCUCCAGACAAGUCAAGAUGCCAGAUUUUACGCAUCCUCAGCCCGCUUUGAGCCAUUCAGCAACGAAGGAAAGAGUCUGGUCAUUCAGUUUACGGUCAAGCACGAACAGAAGAUCGACUGUGGCGGCGGCUACGUCAAGGUCUUCCCCGCAGACUUGGAUCAGACCGCCAUGCACGGGGAUUCCUCAUACUACAUCAUGUUUGGCCCGGACAUUUGUGGCUACAGCACGAAGAAGGUCCAUGUCAUUUUCAGUUACAAGGGCCAGAAUCACCUUAUCAAGAAGGAGAUUAAGUGCAUGGACGACGAACUUAGCCACCUGUACACGCUGAUCCUAAAUCCCGACCAAACUUAUGAGGUGAAGAUCGACAACAAGAUGGUGGAGUCCGGCAGCCUGGAGGAGGACUGGGACUUCCUGCCCCCAAAGAAGAUCAAGGAUCCCGAAGCCAAGAAGCCCGAGGACUGGGAUGACCGCGCCAAGAUCGACGACCCCGAUGACACCAAGCCCGAGGACUGGGACAAGCCUGAAAACAUCCCUGACCCUGAUGCCAAAAAGCCAGACGACUGGGACGAAGACAUGGAUGGAGAGUGGGAGCCUCCAAUGAUCCCCAACCCAGAAUACAAGGGAGACUGGAAACCCAAGCAAAUGGACAAUCCCAACUACAAAGGAACCUGGGUCCACCCUGAGAUUGACAAUCCCGAUUACAGCCCUGAUUUAACCAUCUACAAGUUUGACAACAUCGGUGUAAUUGGUCUCGACCUUUGGCAGGUCAAAUCCGGCACCAUCUUUGACAACUUUCUUAUCACCGAUGACGUGAAGGAAGCAGAGGACAUCGGAAACGAGACGUGGGGUGUCACAAAGGAACCUGAGCGUAAAAUGAAACAGGAACAAGAUGACCUGAAACGCAAGGAAGAGGAGGAAAAAAACAAAGAGCAAGACACCCACACGGAGGAGGAUGAGGAUGAAGAUGAGGGUGAGGAGGAUAAUGAGGAUGAGGAGGAUGAUGAUGAGGAGGAGGAAGAGGAUGACGCAAAGCCCAAAGAUGAGCUUUGAGAAGCUCUGCUUUGCAGAAAGAGAAAACUGUACAUUCCAGGGAUAUUGUGGCUGCUGUGCAUCCUCACUCUAAAAAAGAAAAUGUCAACAAAGGAGGAUAAACUGCACCUUGGCCGCUAUGUCAACAUUGCGUCUCCAUUCAAUGACUGGACGCACAAUUGCAGUCAUAUUUUGUCUUGAGUUUCCAUCAUUUUCGAUGAAAUUAUUUCCUGUCUUUUCCUCAUUACAUUUGGUUUGGGGUGAAUGGUAAACAUGCCACAUUUGUAGCAAGUCAUUGAUAUUUUAAGUGGUAACGUCUUUUGCUGUGGAAAACAAUUGUGCACAAUUCAAUUCACCCCAAAUAAUCAAGGAUGCUUUUGUAAUGUUUCCCAUUCACCCGCUGACAUUUCAAAUAGGAAUCGCCCCAUGAUGAUGUCUUCAAAUUAUGUAAAAUCACUGUCUAUGUUUUAAUCCAAGUGUGAUCAAAGUUGUGUGGUAAAACAACUUCUCAAUCCCUUGCCUGAUGUGACUAAAGCAAGGCAUUGCUUAUUUCUGUUGGUCGAAAUAAAAGACUAUACCAAAGUUCUUAUUAAA